AUGACUGACGCGAACCUGAAACAAGACAUAACCAAUCUUUCUCAACCCGAUGACUCAGCACAAUCACCUCUAGGACGGGAAGGAGAAUCUACAGGUGGACCUGCAUCAGCUGGAAACUCUAUCGCUCCUGAAGACAAUUUAUUCAAGAACGACCUCAAGUCACCUUCUUCAGACCCGGCUUCAUGCUUACCUGAGAUCAUUGAGCUCUCGAAACUUACGUUGGAACGUGCUAAGGCACAGAAGUGGGCGUUUGAAGAUAUUAAAUUCUUGGUCUUUGAUGAUACUGGCGAUGAAUCGGGCGAGUGUAAAGAGACAGACGUCAGUAGGGCACCGACUUCAGCACCAGUGAAUGAGCAUGAUUGCACUCAACCUCAUUCAGAUGCCACUCUCGGAGCAGGACCCCAUCAAGAUGAGCAUGCCGAUGGUUACGACAGUGAUGUCGAGGAGCAAAUGAUGGCAUAUGCCAUGGACCUGAGUCGCGAAGGUAACAGUGACGAUCACAACGCUCGUCCAGGAGUUGCAUCACGCACAGAAAACACUGGGCGCCCUGAAACACCUUGCCGCGUCUGUUCGUCAUACCCAGAGUUUCCGUACAGGUCAAAGCCUCGCACUUUCCGUCUAGUCAAACCUACGGUCACGGACGUCUGUACCCAUUACGUUGCAAUCUCAUACUGCUGGCCUCCUGCCGAUGAGCAGCUCCCAAUGAGUAAUUACUUGGUACGAGAUAUUGAUGGACGCCAACGACCCAGUCGUGCCCUUGAUGACGUCCUUGACCGGGCCGUUGAUUUCGCAAACUCUUGUGGCCUUCGCAUGAUCUGGAUUGACCAGGAAUGCCUUCCCCAACCCAACAAAGACAGUCCCCAGGCCGAUAAAGAUGAGCAACAAUUAGGGGUACAGUCGAUGGACAUCGUCUACAAUCGAGCAACUGUCACCGCAGGUUUACUUGAUGUUAAGAUCGAUUCCCUGUGGCAGAUCAAAACAAUCACCGCGCUGAUGCGCAGCACAGACGAUAGCGCUCGGAGAAUCCCUAACCAAGAGGCCGUCCGCCAUCUUCUCGAUUUCCUCUACAGAACGAGUCAAGAUAGAUGGUAUACUAGAGCUUGGGUCAUUCAGGAGUCACUAUGCGCUGGAAGCAAGCUAGCCUUAGCCUUUCGACUCGGUCCAGGCCUUAAUUCUUCCGCUACGGUUCGCCAGAGCAGGGACACAAAACGCCCCCCUCAUUCCCUUGAUGUCAGGACCGAACAGUACGCUGCCAAGCUAUUCAUAGUUCCCCUUCUGGAGUUCUGGAGGGUGCUAGACAAGGCGAAGCAACUGCUUGCGCAUGCAUUCGUCCACUCAGGAAGGUACCUCAUUCGUACCAACAACGGCCCAGCCUGUGAGAUCAUCAUAAACAUCAGAUCUACUCACCGUACAGAGCCUGAGGGCCAUGAACCCCAGUAA